GGUUCUGUCUCAGUGGCUCUGUGCUCUCAGAAGCUAACGUUAGCUAGCAAGCUGUCAAGCUGUCAAGUGGAGAGGCUGGGACAGACGUUUCAGCUUCCCCCUGGCUUGGCCACACAAAGCUCCGGCUCACAAAUUUACAAGAAAACCUGGUAGAAUAUACUUUAGUUCGCCAGCUGAGAUAAUGUAAUGCAUCACGGGCGUACGCCAAGAGGGACCGCCGCACUUACACAAUUUAUAUGCACUGAGUCUUGAGUGACGAUUGCUCAUUGCUAGCUAACUGGCUAGCUAGCCUAGCUAAACCGCCGCAAACCCCCUAGUUUCGUCGGUGUACCCUCUCUGGUGUGAAUUGCGGCCAGUCAGUCCUACUCCCUGUCGCAGCUUCCGUUGCUGUCAACCGGUAUUUUGGAAAUUUGGUUUUAAGAGGGACACAAUGGGUGCAUUUCUGGACAAACCAAAGAUGGAAAAAUAUAAUUCCCAUGGUGAAGGUAACAACCUGAGGUAUGGGCUGAGCAGCAUGCAAGGUUGGCGGGUAGAGAUGGAAGAUGCACACACAGCAGUAAUUGGUCUGCCUCAUGGUCUCGACCUCUGGUCAUUCUUUGCCGUUUAUGAUGGUCAUGCUGGCUCUCAGGUGGCCAAGUACUGCUGUGAGCACCUGCUGGAGCACAUCACCAGCAACUCAGACUUCCAGAGUGCUCUGCAGGAGGACCCCUCUGUGGACAGCGUGAAGAACGGGAUCCGAACAGGAUUCCUGCAGAUUGAUGAACACAUGCGAACCAUCUCCGAGAAGAAGCAUGGUGUGGAUCGCAGUGGCUCCACCGCAGUGGGAGUGAUGAUUUCUCCGAACCAUAUCUACUUUAUCAACUGUGGCGACUCACGGGGGCUCCUCAGCCGGGGUGGAGCUGUGCACUUCUUCACACAGGAUCACAAACCCAGCAACCCUCUGGAGAAGGAAAGGAUCCAGAAUGCCGGUGGCUCAGUCAUGAUCCAGCGAGUUAAUGGGUCCCUAGCUGUCUCUCGAGCUCUGGGAGACUUCGACUACAAGUGUGUGCAUGGAAAAGGCCCAACAGAGCAGCUUGUUUCACCUGAGCCUGAAGUUUAUGCAAUAGAGAGAUGCGAGGGGGAAGAUGAAUUCAUUAUACUAGCUUGUGAUGGCAUCUGGGAUGUCAUGGCCAAUGAGGAACUGUGUGACUUUGUCAGGUCAAGGCUAGAGGUGACAGAUGAUCUUGAAAGAGUCAGCAAUGAAAUUGUUGACACCUGCUUGUACAAGGGAAGUCGGGACAAUAUGAGUGUUGUGUUAAUCUGCUUUCCUGGGGCCCCAAAGGUAUCUCCAGAAGCAGUGAAACGGGAGGCUGAGCUGGAUAAAUAUCUGGAGGCCAGAGUAGAAGAGAUCAUCAAAAAGCAGGGGGAUGAAGGUGUCCCGGAUUUGGUCCAUGUUAUGCGGACGUUAGCAUCUGAGAGCAUCCCGAACCUCCCUCCUGGUGGAGAGCUGGCAAGCAAACGAAGUGUUAUUGAAGCGGUGUACAACAAACUCAACCCCUACCGAAGUGAUGACACAGACUCUGCAUCCACAGACGACAUGUGGUAACACAACCUCCUACCACUAACACAGCAUAGAGUUUACAAACCACCAUCCUCUCAAGACCCACAGCAGCUCAGCUCAGCAGUCUGUCUCACCGUCACUCUGAGCUUUUGGUUUCUAAGAAGGGAAUUUCAUGGGAGGAGGAGGAGGAGGAAGAAGAGGAGUUGCAUGCACACAAACCUGGAAUAGUGCAGCACCAGUCCACUCUGGAGUUCAGGAUCCCCACCGUCUUGUCUCCCAUUUUAUGUUCACCCACCUAAAUACUCUCCUCUAAAGUAACCCAUAACAAGUGAGUCCACAAGGUUUUCUUUCUUUUUUGUUAAGUAAUCAGCUUAAGUAGUAAAUUUUUUUGCUGUAAUUAAUUUGAUUCACAUUUCCUUGUGUGUGUUUGUAUAUUUCUGUUUUUGUGAAGUGCAAUUGUCCUGUACAAACAGCCUGUAUUUAAUGCAGCUUGAUUUUAAGUUAAAAAAUGAAAGAAAUGAAAAAGAGAACCUUUUAUGCACUAUUUGCCUUUUCCUGCUCUUCUGGAAUUCUAACAAAUGUCUGUUCAGUGGAUAUUACUGCUUGUCCUCCAGGCACAAUGUCUCUGCGCUUUUAUUUUUCUUUCUGUUUUUGUUUUGUUUUUUUCAGUUAGUCUAUGCUCCUUUAAGAAACGGGUAAAUUGUAUAGUUGACAGCACAGUAAGCUCUCUAUAUCAAACCAUUUAAAUCCUAAUAAUUUUUUCCCUGUGCUUUUUUAUUGUAUUUUAUUUUUGUAAGUGGUUUUCUGUACAUGCUCAAAUAAUAAUGGCAAAGUGUUUCCUCAGUCAUUUUGGAAGUGUGAAGCGAAAAAUUAACUUUUUUUUUUCCAAUUCUUUGAAGUGUCUGAUAAAACAAAUACCCCUGUUAACAUGUUUGUUUGUGCGGAUAGAUACUUGCAAGCGUGCGUGGGUGCUUGUGUGUAUGUAUGUGCGCACGUGUGUUAGUGUAAAGGCAGAUCUGUACAUGUGACUCUAAUUUAAAUUUGCUGAGGUGGUUCACACAACAGACCAGGCUGGAGUUUAAGGGAAUUACCCAGUGGUUACCCAUUGCCUUUUUUUUUUCUUUUUCUUUUUUUUUUUCAGUCAGUGUUUCAUAUCAACCCAAGACAGGCUCUCACUACCUAUUCCAAAAAGCUUUGGAUAACAGAGUUUACAUGCUGUUGCGCUAUUUGAACAACUUCAAGCUAUAUAUAUCAGAACUAUACUGUAACCUGAGAUGACACAAGUAGUUCAGUUCACCCAUGGUGCACAGUGAUUUGCAGCUAGUCAAGUCUUGACUAAUUUACACAUGUAUUGUGUCAUAUUUUAAUAUCACUUUCUAAACAUUCAUUGUUACCAGUGCCCACAGUGGGUGCCAUAUGAUUUAUGAUCACUUGUUUCAGCUUUAUUACAGCCUAUGCCAAGUUUUUUUUUUUUUCCCCAUGAGAUUGAGUUUUUGUACGUGGUACAGAUAGAUUUUUAGCUUCUACCUUUAACAUCUAAUAAUUUGACUGAUGUGAACAGUUUAAGCACUGACUGUUUUAGAGAAAAUCACCCAUUACUAGUUUGUAAAUAGGAGAAACUGUUGACUUGAGGCUAUUUUUCCCUUUUAUUUGGACUUUCAAACCAAGAACAAAUCCGCUAACUGCAAUGAGUUCUCACGGUUGUAUAGCACCUUUUUAUUCCCAUUGAGUUUGCUCUGCUUAAAGCCCUCCCCUACGCCACCACAAGCCAGAGCACAAUACAGUUUGCUGCUAUAGUGUAUGAUCUGUGGGUUCUUUAGUUUUUUCAGUUAAUUUCCCUCUCCUGAAAAGAUGAAUAGUAGUUGACUAAAUCUGUAUCUAACACACACACACACACUCAGUAGAUAUAUUUCUUGAAGAGAAAUGGUUUUAUUCCAGAUUUAUUUUCUGCCAUUUUUUGUCUAAAAUUGCAUUGUUGGAAAUUUAUGUAUGUAUAUAUUUUUGACUUAAACUUUCAAGGAAUAAAUCAUGUCGCUUGAGUUAGUUUUUUUUGCCAUGGACAAGAUGUGGUUCUGGUUUGUCUUGGGAUGGAUAGUUGAAUUUUUGUGUGUUUUGGCAAACAAAGGUUUCCCACUAAUCACUUAGGUGUCCCUCUGAUCAACACUGAGGGGUUUCAUUUAUAUAACACACAAUAAUAAUGUGCUAAAUUUGUAAUUCCACAUUUACCAAAAUGACAAUCCUAACUAUUUCACCACAUUUAGAUUUGUGGUGGGUAGCAAAUGAUAAAAUCUUUAACAAAACACAGACUUUAACCCUGACUGUAAUCCUAAAUUAGCUGCUUCCUAAUGUGCUUUUGUGGCAAAAGGCCAAAGAUUGCUGAGAUUUUGUAAUCGUGAAGUCUAUAUUACAAGAAGUAACAAUGUAACAGAUAAUUUAGUUGUAACCCUGCAAAAGAUUUUAAAAAUGUUAAGGUAUUAAGAGAGCAAUUUUAUUUUCAAAUUUCUAGUUGCUAUUAGUUUGUGUUAAAGGUACUCUGUGGAGUUUUUGACCACUGGUGGUGCUGUAGAGAAAUGUUUUGAAGAGCGGGUCCUUGCUCUACUACCACAUGCACAGGGACAAACACACAGGACAAGCACAUGAGGUGACGUGAAACGUCUGCUGAGUGCAGGAGGCAGUAAUGUGCGUAUCAACAGUUGGUAUCAUGGUAACGUGGCAUAAAAGUACCACUGAACCAAUAAAAGACAAAAAACUAAGCUGAUGCAAAAAAGUGUGGAUUUCAAAACACAAAAAAAGCCUUUGAAAAUGUGUGAGGGUUAAAAGUGUUUGUUAGGCCUUAAAGACAAUGUUGUAAGCAAUGUUGAAUGUAAACCUAACUGUGUGCGAUUACAGUGGAAACCCCACAGAGUACCUUUAAACAGUCAUCUAACAAAAAACAUGAAUAACAUAGUCAUAAUCCUGUAGAUUUCCUGUUAAAGUGGUAGCUAACUUGACUGUCAUGUCAAAUAGGGAAAUUGAUUUCUUUGUAUGUUUGUAUGCAUGAAAAUGUGGUUUCACUGAAUAUACCCUCCCAUGAAAAAGCAAAAAUGGCAACAAAAAAAUCAAACGACAAAAAAGUAAAAAUGUCUUUAAACUCACUUCGUUUUGGUUUGAAGAUUGCAGUAUUGUAUUUCUACCACAAUGCUCACCAAUACUUGUAUACCUACUGUACUCACAUCAUGUUAAAUGAAAACUCUGAAAACUCAAGAGUGCUUGGAAAAAAGACUCAGUGCGAAUGAAAAUGCCUUUUUUUUUUUUUUUUUUAGAUUUAUGUAAGGUUUCUAUUUCAUCUGUAAGCUAUUUUAUUUUUGCGCUGCUUUGCUUGUAUUUGUUAAGUGACUAAAUGUCUCUUUCAUCAAACAGUUUUCAGCACCCAUCUGCUUGUUGCAAAUCUGGUAGGUGUUGAUGACUCUUAAAGCAACAUUUCAUGCAGUUUUUCUUCAAGCUUAAUAAAGAGCAAACAUAUUUCCUUGCAUCUUGAGGCCAUUGAUACCCCCACCCCCCCCCACCCCACCCUGUUCCCCUGGACUGUCCUGCAUUUUAGCCUGAAAAAACUGUAUAGUUUAUGAUGUGGCCCUUAUAAUGAUGCUGGUUAAUUACCCAGUUUUAUAACAAACUAAUUCCACAGAAUGAAAAAUAUAGGCAUUCAUGUUUUAAUUUUUUUUUACAAAAGACAAUUGCUGUAGCUGGAAUGUUAGCAGAUCUGGACAGUGGCUUGGCUGUGAUUUGUCACAUCUGGGUAUUUUCUUUAAAUUAUGUGUUAAAACAAAAAACAAAAACAAAAAAAACCCAUCACAUCCCUAUUACUCCCCCAUCCCCUACAAAAAAAAGAGAAAAAAAAAGAAAAAGUCCCUAACCAUCUAUUCUCCGUGUUUUUACUUUUCAUAAACUGAAAUACCUCAUAACAUUUAUAGGAAGUGUUUUUGUCUCAUGUUAUGUAGAUCCAAACUGUUCAGAAAGCAGUUCAUUUUAAUCAGAGCCGUUUUCUUAUGGUUCUCCCCUAGAACUUAUGAUUUUUAACACUGAUCUAUUUGAGUGGGAUAAGCCUGUGCUCGUGUACAGUAUUUGACUGAAUAGUGCUGAUGUUAACAAAAACAAGUAAUGAUUUAAGUGGCUACUGCAGAUGACAACUUAGUAAUUAGAAACACUAUUGGCCUUGUCGUGUAAGCUGAUCCGCCCCCUCUCAAACAGUGCCCUCGGACGCUCACCUGUGUAACUUCACCGACUUUGUCCACUUGUGUGAUGCUCGACUUAGCUCAAAUCUAGAAUUGUAUCGAGAGUUCAGGGUUUUAGAAAUGUGAGAUGUGUGAGAAAAUAGGUGUGACUAAAUGACAAUAGUCAUAUGCACUGAUCAUCUGUAUAAUCAGCUUUUUUUUCUUUUUUCAGAAAAUUGUUAUUGUAGAAAAAAAGAUUAUAAAGCUAUUUACAGAGUUACCUUUGGUUGCCUGGAAUGCAUCCUGUAUAUUCUUGUAUGGAGGAAUACCUGGCAGAAGUCGAAGAGAUUUUAAACGCUUGCGCCCUCUUGUACAUAUUGAUGUACCUCAGUUGUGGCGUUUACUGUGUGACCCUUAGCAGUGGUGGUUUAUUUGUCCCCUUGCAGGGUGACCUGAGCCUCACUUUGCUGACCUUUUUCAGCUCAUAAAUAAGCUCACCGAUUUGCCUUACCCAAUCUCAUGUUGCCCCCUAAAGUACUUGUUCAACAAAACACUAUGAGGAGGAGUAAUGCUGCUGACAUUACACUCAAAUAGAUUAAAAACUAGCUUCAUGUUAGGGUACUUAAGCUAUCAACAAGUGACUUUUGUCCUGGUUGUCUCAAGGUACAACUUUUCAACGAUCACUGGUUUGUAUGCUUUUCCCCCUCCAUGUUACCUUAUUGAAUUUCGGUCUUGAAAGCUUAUUUAACUUUCCACUGCAGAUGAUGUCAUACUUUUAACAAAUGCAAGUGUUUUAACAUGGUAACCUCGUAAGCAUUCAAAAUGUGCAUACAUACAUUCAUGUCUGCUAUAUUUAUGAUUACAUUCAAGAAUAGCUUUAGAGUGCUGUAGAUAAGUAUUGUCAAUGUUGAUUCAAAUGCUUCUCAGAGGCCUCUGUGAGUGAUUUUACAAAGUUCAAUAAUUGUAUAUUUUGUAUUAUGUUCUAGCUCCAAAGGAAUGGCAGAAAAAAAGAAAAAUGUUUAAAAAGCUUUGUUCCCGGAACUAAAUUGUACUAUUUGUGUUGUUGAUUGAACAAAUUGCAUUCCUUGCUUGUGAAUUGAUGCAUUUCUCUCCCCGCUCCUUAAAUUUUCUCCCCUUCUUUCCCUCCUUUCUUUCAUUUUUUAGCCUUUGAAGUUUGAAUAAAAUUUCUAGUUUGCAGAAUGUAUUACUAAAUAAAUGGGUUGUCAUCUUGUA